AUGGGUGCUAAGCGACACAACAUUGGAGCACGGAGGCAUUGGCGUAGAAUAACACCUUUACACGCACCAAAUAACCACGGACCACCUGGCACCUUACGGCCCGGCGACGACAUUGGUCUAAGCGCGACAGCGCCUACGGACGCCCGCUCGCUUGAUCUUCCCAAGCCUACGGACGCCCGCUCGUUUGAUCUUCCCAAGCCUACGGACGCCCGCUCGCUUGAUCUUCCCAAGCUUACGGACGCCCGCUCGCUUGAUCUUCCCAAGCCUACGGACGCCCGCUCGCUUGAUCUUCCCAAGCCUACGGACGCCCGCUCGCUUGAUCUUCCCAAGCCUAUGGACGCCCGCUCGCUUGAUCUUCCCAAGCCUAUGGACGCCCGCUCGCUUGAUCUUCCCAAGCCUACGGACGCCCGCUCGCUUGAUCUUCCCAAGCCUACGGACGCCCGCUCGCUUGAUCUUCCCAAGCCUAUGGACGCCCGCUCGCUUGAUCUUCCCAAGCCUAUGGACGCCCGCUCGCUUGAUCUUCCCAAGCCUAUGGACGCCCGCUCGCUUGAUCUUCCCAAGCCUAUGGACGCCCGCUCGCUUGAUCUUCCCAAGCCUACGGACGCCCGCUCGCUUGAUCUUCCCAAGCCUACGGACGCCCGCUCGCUUGAUCUUCCCAAGCCUACGGACGCCCGCUCGCUUGAUCUUCCCAAGCCUACGGACGCCCGCUCGCUUGAUCUUCCCAAGCCUAUGGACGCCCGCUCGCUUGAUCUUCCCAAGCCUACGGACGCCCGCUCGCUUGAUCUUCCCAAGCCUACGGACGCCCGCUCGCUUGAUCUUCCCAAGCCUACGGACGCCCGCUCGCUUGAUCUUCCCAAGCCUACGGACGCCCGCUCGCUUGAUCUUCCCAAGCCUACGGACGCCCGCUUGCUUGAUCUUCCCAAGCCUACGGACGCCCGCUCGCUUGAUCUUCCCAAGCCUACGGACGCCCGCUCGCUUGAUCUCCCCAAGCCUACGGACGCCCGCUCGCUUGAUCUUCCCAAGCCUACGGACGCCCGCUCGCUUGAUCUUCCCAAGCCUACGGACGCCCGCUCGCUUGAUCUUCCCAAGCCUACGGACGCCCGCUCGCUUGAUCUUCCCUUACGGACGCCAGCAUCGACAAAUAUAAGUAGAGGUAUAUGA